CAAGCAGCCCGGUUCUGUCACCCGACUCUGUCAUCCACACUGCACGGCAGAAAGACGCUGCGGCCCCGAGUUCCUGCGGACUCAUUGUCUGGAUUCACCCUUUAAAGACUGGAGAACGGCAGCUUUGUGGCCAGACAGGAAUAGAUCUAAGGUUUUCAACCCUUGCAGGCCCAGUCAUUUCCCAGCCUGUCGCUCUGCUGUGAAGUGUCACACAGAUAUUAUACUGAAAUGGAACAUUUAGAAGAAGAAAUGACCUGCUCGAUCUGCUUGAGCGUGUAUGAUGAUCCUCGAAUUCUACAGUGCUCACAUUCGUUUUGCAGGAAGUGCCUUGAAAACUUAAUCAGGUCUUCAGAUGGCUAUUUAUGGAGAUUGUCAAUGGGGAGAUUGAAAUGUCCAGCCUGUAGAGGGACCACAGACGUUCUCUCCGGAGUUCACUCACUACCUGUCAACUUUGCAUUGAAGGCCAUUGUGGAAAAAUAUAAAAGUAACCAUCAAACAAAAACCUGUGCUGAACAUAGUAGACAUCAGCUAAACAUGUUUUGUCUUAAAGACAGAAAACUGAUAUGUGGCCAGUGUCUUACGGUAGGACCACAUAAAGGGCACCCCGUAGAGGACCCAGAUGUUGCUUACACAAAAGAGCAGCAGACAGCUUCUAGAUUAUUCGCUGCCCUCAGUGAUAAGAACUUCACAGGUGUGUCCUCUGUAAUCCGGGCAUUAGAGGAGCAAAUGACCAACUGUAAAAACAUUGUUCUGGAGGACAAAAAGGAGGUGCUUGUGUUUUUUGACAAUUUGAUUGAAGUACUUGAGCAGAAGAAGCAAGAUUUUCUAUCCUCCCUCAAUGAUCUUAACCAACAAGUGGUUGAUGUUUUUGCUCCACAAAUAGAGGAGAUGAAGCAAAUACGAGAUGAAGAAUUAGAUCUAGCAUCUUUGUGCAGCUCAGCUCAGACAGAGGAAUCUCCACUGGUAUACCUAGAAACCAUUCAUGACAUACAACAAAGAAUGAUGGCUUUGAAGAAGCAGCAGCUAUUGCCCAUUCGGCCAGUUGAGCUCUACCCAAGGGUUGGCGAAAUAUUUAAGGAUAAAUGGCUAAAGUCAAAUACUGAGGAUGUUCCCCUGCUGCCUAUACCAAAGUUUGCCAUUAAUUUUCAGAAAAGGGAGCACCGAGCGAUUCAAAGCAGUCCUCAGUGUAAUUGGAUCCUAGUUGCUUUUCUCUUAUUUAUUAGUUUUAUAUCAUUAUUCAUUUACUUUAGCUCAGUAAUUCCAUCAGACUUCACUACUCGUUAUCGGACAUGUCUUUCUGAAAUCAUGGGACCAGCUCUUCAUUUUGGAGAGAGUCACGUAAAGACAGUUUCUCACAGGUUUUCUAGCUUAUAUCUUGACUUUAUUGCCCAUCUGCAUUCUUUACUUAAGCUUUGACUGGUAUACUGCAGCAUCACCCACAACCUCUCUGCCAGUACACAAAUGACAGACAGCUUUACAUCCAUAAACACAGGUGUAGUCAGGAUCCUUAGUACAUGGGAGCAUGGAUGCUGUAUACUGAAUCAUACCCCCCCCCUCUAGAAGCUCAGUGUAACUAGUUAUAGAGAUGAAUAUAUACAGAAAACUACUGACCAUAAUAUGGAACAAACUAGUACUGUACACAGAACCAUGACAAAGUGUACACAGGCUGAUACAUUGAGCAAUGAUCGAGAUAUUCAUUCAUUCCCGAUUUCAUUCCAUUUACAUGCAGCUCUCAUCACUGCUGUAUAGAGAUGAACAAACGUUACUGGGAUUGUUCAUCCCUCUAGGCCUGAUUUGUUCGGGAGAUUGCCUGCACAUUUACACCUACUCCUGUCUCAAGAACAGGACCCCAGUGUAUGCUGCCAGGAAUGAAGAGGUGGUCGUGCACACACAGCUCUCUUCAUUCACUAGUUUAGGACUUCUGAUGAUGAUGAUAAUUAGCCUGAUCAACUGCCUGUGUGAAUGGGCCCUUAAGCUACACCUAAAGUUUUUGUGGUAAGAUUUUUUUUUUUUAAAGAAAGUAAUCAAAACAUUUUCAAGAGAUUUCCAAAAGAUUUUUAUGCUCCUCUAUGAAGAAAAAAAAAAGUAUCUGUUACUAUUUUAACCCCUUAAUGAGACAGCCAUUUGUUUUAUCCUCCCCGCCUUCCAAGAGCCGUAACUUUUUUAAGUUUCCGUUCACAUAGCCAUAUAAGGGCUUAUUUACUUUAUUUUUGCAGAAGUUCUACUUUUCAAUGGCAUCAUUCAAUUUAUCAUAUCUUGUAUUAGAAAAAGGCAAAAAAUUCUGUUAAAAUUGUAAAAAACAAACAAAAUAUAAUUGUCAUUUAGUUUUUACAGUGUUGAGUGUGCACUAAAAAUAUCAUAACCAGUAUGAUUAGUUAUAUAUUUUAUGAUUUACUACGUUUAUAUUUUUUUGCAUCACCAUAUUCUGAAAGCCAUAACUUUAUUUUUAUUUUUCAUACACUGAGCUGUGUGAGGGCUCACUUUUUGCGGGACAAGCUUUAGGUUUUUUUUUGUACCAUUUUGGGGUACAUAUAAAUUUUUAAAAUAAUUUUUUAUUCUAUUUUUUUUUUUUUGGCGGGGGAGAGCAACAUGACCAAAAAACCCCCAACAAAUUGACCUUUUGUCUGUUAUGGCAUUCACCAUGUAUAAUAAAUAUGUUUAGAUUUUAUUAGUUUGGACAUUUUUGGAUGUGGCCAUACCAAUUAUGUUUUUUUUUAUUUUUAUGUAUAAAAUUGGGGGCGUGUGAUUUAAAUUUGUAAU